AUAUAGAAGACCUCACGUCACGCACAUCGAUGAAGUCAGUAAGUGACUGACUGACCAAACAAAAAGCAGACAGCCGCUCCCGCCGCCUACGUAUCAUCGGCAGCCCCUGUCCGUCAUCUGUAGAGCUGGCCAGUCGUUAACACUAUGACAUGGACACACCCACAUACACACACACCUAAGCAUGUCAGCUGACAAAACUGCCCCACUGCCCCUCCGCUAUGAUUCGUCGAGACAAGACAACCAGCCUGACAAACACCUCCACACACACAAUAUAAGACCCUCACCUUGAGGCAUCGAGAGCUGCAGUCAUUCCUACAUAUGAGUGAGUGGUUUGAGAAAUAAUUGCAUCGGGUGGAGGUGAGUGUGUCUUGAGUGUCUUGUUUUUAUGCACCCCUUGCCGAUGUUUUGUAUAUACACGUAUGUACACGUGGGCGCCUGAUUCACGUAAGGCAACUUGUUUCAGUCGGUAGCCUUUCUCCUUGUCAUGUGUGUCUGUUUCUCUCUGUGUGUGUCGGUGUGUGUGUGGGUGACGUCAAGCGCUCUAGAAUUCUGAUCUCUCUCUCUCUCUCUCUGUCUGUGUGUGUGUCUGUGUGUGAUGUGUGUGAGUGGCUGGGCAACGAGUGUGAAACACACACCGCCGUGUCUGUGUCAAUGUGUGUGCAGCAAGCAAUGCGUCACACAUGGAUGGAUGGACGGACACACAGAGAGUGUGGUGGACCGGUCGGCCUGUCUGCGGGCACAUAUAUGUGUACACAUUCAGAGAGGGAGGGAGAGAGACAGAUAUCAGCCGUCAGCCACCACGUGCAGCAAACACCAACAAUAGCAGAUGGCGAGAGAGAGGCAAAACAGACAGACAGAGAGACAGACAGACACGGCAGCCAGCCACUGAUAAGUGCACACACGAAUCGAGUGGCAGAUAGACAGAGACUGACCAGUCGGAAAACCCACGCGCACCAUUGAAGCCGUCUAUGUGGCCGACAGUGCCGCUCACAUCUCAACACCGCCGCCCAGGAAUGCAACCGGACCAGGACGAUUUGUGUGUUCAUCUGUGUGCCUCUUCUCUCCCUCAGUGUGUACGUUUGUAUGUGUGUAAGUACACAUCUGGAUGCCACGUUAAAGCGUGAUUAAAUAUUGAUUGAUGCGGCAUCAUUGGGCAUCUAUGCCGCGUGCGUAUCAUUUACACGCCAGCAUCAGGCAGCCCCCGUCCGUCAAUCUGUAGAGCUAGCCACGUAUGCACAGAGAGAGAGGGUUAUGUCAAUCAUUCAUACAUACAUCAAGUCGAUGUAAAGAGAGGAAGUAGAAUGCAUGUACGUAUAUACAUAGAUGUGUCCUAAGGACAAAACAUACACAGAUGCCAGGGGGAGAGGAGACAGCUGACGUGAGGCAAGGCAGCAGAGAUGGACCACAGGCACAUGUGAAUCCCACCCCACCCACCUCAUGCAGCCACCCAUCGCACCGCCACUGUGCAGCAUGAGUAAGGAGAAUUGGACUAAGUCGCUCAGUCCGCAUUUGUAUGUUCAUAAAAGCGUCCAGCAAAAACGCCUCGGCGACAGAGUGCCAUGCAGGAGCCGAACACGACAUGAAGUCAGGACGACACACACACAGAAAAGAAGGGGACCCAUCCGCCUGCCUCCCCACCAGCCACCAGCUAUACGCAUCAAUCAGUCGCCGAGGACCAACAAGCAGGCUAAAAUGACUGACUGCAUGGAAACAGUCUGUCUGUGCGUCUGUCUGUGUGUGUGGAGCAAGCAACGCGUCACAGAUGGAUGGAUGGAUCGAUGGAUGGAUGGACACAUAGAGUGGGGUGCACAUUCAGAGAGAGGGGGGGAGAGACAGAUAUCAGCCACCAGCCACCACGUGCAGCAAACACCAAUCGAUGCAGUCAUUCAUUCAUUCAUACGAGAGAGAGGCAAAACAGACGGACAGACCAACCGGCAUGGCCGCCAGCCACUGAUAAAUGUAUGCAUGUGUCUAUCAGGCAGAUCGACAGAGACUGACCGGUCGGGAAACCCACACACUGUAGGCCAUGUGUGCGCUAUCUUAGACAUCUAUAUCGACUCUGCCCAACCUGACAGACAAAUGAAAAAACAGAGGGCACAGUCAGACAGCAUUGGGUUUGUCGUAUGUGUGGGCAUCUUCUGCUCGUGUCAACCGUGUUUGGUGCAUACCUCAGCUGUCUAUCGCUCGAAAAGGAUGGCUGAGAUGACGGCCCCCAGCACCACCCGCGCCAGCCGAGUGGUCUGAGGGAAGCGGUCCUUGAAGGCAUCGCCCACACCACACACAGCCGACUCGCUGGUCAUGACCCACACCUGCACUGCAAACGAAUGACAGGGGAGGACAGCAGCGGACAGCACAUGUCCUCACAGCAAGCGAGAGUGAGUGUUGUAUGUGAUUCCAUGGGUUUGUCACCCUCCUCCCCCUCGCUGUGCCGUGCUGGGCUGACCAGUGUGGGAAUUGCCGUCGUGCAUGACGGUGAUCCACGCGACGAACGAGUGGCGGGCGUUGGUCAGGACGAGAUUACGAGAACUCAAGCCGGCAGCGAAGCGAGCUGAUGUCGUGGUGGUGCAUCCCUCCACUGGUGUGUGGGGGCAUUGCGUCAGCAGGUUGAGCAGCCGGUUGCUGUCGACAUGCCUGAUCAGCCAAGACACACACACAUUCAUCAGUCACUCGUGUGUCGUGGCAGUGCCCACACAGAGUGAUGCUCCGCCUCACCUGUCGAUAGCGCGGUCAGUGCUGCUGGCCUGGUGAGUCUUUUUGAAGUGGUUGAUGACGAUGCUCUUGACGAACGACGACACGGACGAGGAGUCCCAUGGCAAUGGCGCCAGCUGCACCCAGCCCUCGGUCAGCAGAUAGUCGAUGUUGCUGCGGACUGGGGGAUCGUGCGGCUGUCGGUGCUGCUGGUAGGGGUGGUUGGCAGGGAGAGGCGGGUCGAUGUCGAUCUCGAAGCCGUCCUGGUCCUUGAUGGCCCGCAGUGUGUUGUCGUGCUGGAACAGCUGGAAGGUCACGCCGUUGCCGAAGUCGAUGUGGGGGCCGACCAUCUUGAGCUGAGCCAACACACGGGGAGCGGCCAAAUACGCCUGCACACACAACACAUCAACACACCACACACCGAUUGAGAGCCAUCCAUUCUCCCUCCCUCCCUCAAUCGGUUGGCUUACCGUCUUGUUUGGGUAUUGGUGCAGAUCGGCCGCAGUGAGCCUCACAGGCAGCUGGCAGCGGCCGCACUGCCCCGCCAGCUCGACCGCCUCGCGCAUCUCACUCCAGCCGCCCGCCUCCGUCACACACAGCGCCGCCAGGAGGCCGCCCACACCCAUCUGCUGGUCGUCGAAGGUCAGCAGCUGCUGUCCGUCGGCCGCCCGCCGCAGCCCCGCCUGUGUGCUGAGCGAAUGGCUGAGCCGCUGCCGCAGCUGAGGCGCUUUGAAGAGCUGUCUGAGCCAGCGGCGUGUGGCCCUCAGCUCCAGGAUGUCAUCGAGGCUGAGCAGGUAGAAGGUGCGGCGGCCGACGAAGAUGUACUCGAUGGGAUGCUGCUGCUGCUGGUCGGGCUGCUGUUGCUGCAUGCCUGUCGAGGCCGUCAGAUCUGCAGACAGGCAGCUUGGCGAGAGAGAGG